AUGGCGUUUGCACUCACCCUAGAAUACUUGACACAACCCGUGCUGCGGGCGGCGACGCGCCGUGUGACGAGCAGCCGUGCGGAGCUGGGCCGGGGCGUCCUGCGGCUCCGGGGCCGCGACGAGCGCAAGACUUCCGUCUCCAGGCAUGUCAUGUUACCCAGAGAACUUUCCAAACAAGUACCGAAAACCCAUCUGAUGUCUGAAGAGGAGUGGAGGAGACUUGGUGUCCAACAGAGUCUAGGCUGGGUUCACUACAUGAUUCAUGAGCCGGAACCACACAUUCUUCUCUUUAGACGACCUCUUCCAAAAGAGCAACAAAAAUGAAGUCUAUCUGCUUAUUGUUGAUUAAAUCUUUUUCAAAUUUAAUGUA